AGCCUCACAAUGCUGCAUUUACUAAAACAAGUGGCUUAGAAAUGUGCAGUGAUGUCGCUGUUCCCAGACCUGCCUCUCUCUGUUCUGGACCGGCUCAGUGAGGCAGCGCACACACACGGCUCUGAUGGCAGAGCGGGGCAGGUGGACUGAGCCAGAGGAGAAACCAACAUCACCUGUUUGGGAAAUCUAGAACGAGGGAGGACAAACAAAGAAGGAGGAGCAGACUGUUUGGAGAGCAGAGGUCUAGCUGUGUCUACCCACUCACCCCACCCUGCUCUCCCUCAUAUGCACACACACAGACACACUCUCCCCUUGCCUCUCCCUGCCUCCCUCCCCGUUUCUCUCCUCCACUCUCCGAUGCUGGUGUGGUGAACAGCAGGACACUCUCGGCUGAGCUGCAUGGAGGCACAGGGAGGGGCAGGGAGCCCAGAGCCCAAUAAAGACAUCCAGAAGCUGCUGAAGCCCUCCAGCUCAGGUGACCUAUCCAAGGAGUUGUUCCACCACCCAGCAGGGGAGGAGGAGGAGGGUGGCCUGUCGGGGCACACUGCUAGCCUGCUGCACAUCACUGAGAAGAGACAACCACUGAGCAGUGUGUCUUCUUUAGAGGUGCACUUUGACCUCCUGGAUCUGACUGAGCUGACUGAUAUGUCUGACCAGGAACUGGCUGAAGUUUUUGCUGACUCUGAUGAGGAGAACCACAACGAGUCCCCAGCAGGUUCCCACCAGCCUGUGCUGCCCAGAGGCGGAUACAUGCGCUCCCCCUCGUGGACACGCUGCAGCAAAGUUGAGCCCCCGCGAGAGAGAAAGCACCACAGCGACUCGGACACCGCAGAGCCCUUAAUGAAGCUGGAGAGGCCGAAGCAGCCGUGACAUCUGAUGUGAAACAGCAGCGAGAGAAAACCCAGAGACAGACAGACACAUCCAGAGCGGGAACACAAAGCGGACCAAGAGGCCCCCCAUCUGCCACUGUGCACUCACAUAACGUUUCAUGGUGCUGACGAGUUCAGGUUGAGCUCUGGACAACGUGUUCUGUACUCUAAAGAUGUUGAGAUGUGCAAUACACAAUCUCUCCUUCUCUCUUUCUCUCUCUCUCUCUCACACACACACACAAUCAUUGUAUUUUUCAUGCAAGAGGUUCUUAACAUACUCUGGGCUGCCAGACAAUUUUAAGCUUUGUUUUUGAAUGACAGACAGGGUAUGAGGUCAGAAGAAUAACAGCACCUCCAUCCUUACAGCCUCUCAGGGUGGGAAAUAGCCUGGACAGUGAGAUUGGUUUCUAAAUUGUGUCCACAGCGUGUGGCCAGUCCUUCCAUGUGAAGUUCAGACACUGGGAUUCACAUUGAAUUACCAGGAUUUGAUUUGAAACGUAAAUCAACAGAGCUGAUAAAAAUAAAACAUCACUCCGAGGCUAUAUCUUAAUGUGUUGGCUUGAAAAUGUGACAGGGUUUUUUUUCUGUUGCCUGCAAUAAAGGUAACUUAUCCAGUGGGAGUGGACAUCACUGAGGCCGCACUCUCUUUCUCCAUCGUGAUGAGGACUGUGUGUUGUUAUUAUAAUUGCCUAAAUGAAAAUUUUUGCACUUGUCUCACUGGAUUGUAUUUACUGUGCCCCGCAGAAUUAUUGGCAUUUGGUGCAGAUGACACACAAGAUAAACAGACCAAGUAGCAAGCUAUAUGCAACACACUUUUCCAGACAUUCAAAAUUUAUUUGAAGAAACGUUUUCUGAUUUCUUUAUCAUUAUUUAAAAAGUGAUGGCUGCCAGAGUUGCUGCUGCUAAGGUAAUUAGAGUUGGUCGACGCAUUGACUUGAUGAGUGAUACUUGAAGCAGUUAGAAAUUGAGGGAGAAUGGCAUCAUAAUCAGGUGGACUUCAGUGAGCUUUGCAUGAAUGCCAAAAAUACAACAAAGUGCCAACAAUUUUGUAAUCAUCUUUUAAAGGAUGACUUCAACUCAUAAUGAAAUAUUUCACAUCUUUGUAAGCAAAGAUCAUAGCUGAUUACUUGCUUUAUUUAUCUCACAUUUAGCUUGUCUUUACCAGGAGUGCCAACAAUUCUGAAUGCUGUGACAUGAUGGAUCAAAAGUGACACUGGGAUGAUAGACGAAUAAAUAAGGGUCUUGAAAAA